AUGUCAAAAGUUGCAACAAAUUUCGUAAAUCAGUAUAACUUAACUCCUCAGAUGAGUAUAGCUGAGCUUGGAUUUAGCAAAGAUCAAACAUAUGCUUUAAUUCCUAUCCAGGCUUCCGGAAGGCGUGUUACAGGACGAAAUCAACAAAAAUCUUAUUAUACCACGUGA